AUGCCACGGAUAAGGCCGAAAAACGGCGCGCAGGAGCCUCGCCCGACUCCUGAGGCAAGUGGGCUAGGGCUGCCGUGUCCAGGGAGGGCACGGCUAAAGAAAGACUUAUGCGCCACAGGCUUGUGGCGAUGCCAAAAGAGUAUUGUUCUGGAAUCGACUAGGGGAUGUGCUUCGAGCCAUUCCGAGACACCAUAUCAGCAAAGUGGCCAACUGCAAGGUCAUACUACAGCGGCGAAGGUGGUGCUUGGCGUGUCUAUGGGUAGACGCAAGUGUGACAAGGAAACUUGGUGGUGGAACAACACAGUCCAAACGAAGACUAGGGUGAAGAAAACCCUUUCUAAGAAGUGGCAAGCGUCUGGAUCUCCCGAAGACCACGACGCAUACAUAGCUGCAAAGCGUGCCACAAAAAGAGCAGUAGCCAGAGCCAGAAGUGACCACUUCCAUCCUCUCUAUGAGAAGUUGGAGUCCUCUGAGGGGUAG